GUGACGUUGAUUUAUAAACAGUCUAGCUGUAGCUCGUCUAGAAAAGUACUUUUUGAUGAAAGACGGUUUUCCGAAAGCUCGUAUCACACUCCGCCGGUGGAAACGCCAAUUCUACCGUCACCCAAAGCGCCGAUAAAAUUAAAAAAGCUUCCAAAGAGAGGAGAUUUGAGGCCGAAAAAGUUACAGUACACUGUUGAAGAAGUGGCAGACAGUAUGGACAGCCGCAUACAAAUCCAUUCAGAUCAAUUAAACGCGUUAUCUUUCAUACAACAUGCACCCGAGCCAAACAAGUCCCAGUUCUCGCAAAAGCAAACAUGUCAGCUUCACCCUAAAUUAAAUAAGACUAAAAAACGUCACGACGAGAAAGAAAACAUGGUCGUGUCAGGCGACCAUAAUGUCGUGCGAACAUCUUCCGUACUUAGGUGUAUAAAUAAUGAUAAAAAACUGCAUCCAACCAAGAUUAGAAAUACUGAUGUUAAAGAGAAAUUGACACAUUACCGCGUAUAACAGUGUACGUUAGCUGUUGAUUUAAUUAAUCAUAAGUAUGUUACCAUUAAGAGAUUAUAAUAAGGAUUGUAUAAUAUAACUCUUAUUUUAUAAAGUGACACAUUUAUAAUGAGUAAAAUUUAUGCAAACUUAAAUACUUAAACACUCCAUCUCAUUAUAAUGGUACACUACUAUUCUUCAGUACAUACUUGAUCUAAAUGAGGAAGUAUUGUUUCAGUGUGAGAAAAUUUGUAAGAAACACUCACGUGGUUACAAUACAGAAAGAAUGUUAGUUUCUUGGUUGAGAGUUGAAGCAGAAAAAAUAAAAAAUGAAAUACAAUGUACCAAACAUUUGGUAUUAUGAAAUGAA